CGGGUGAAUGUUCUUCCGGUGAUGACUUGCACACGUGACUUUGUCAGCCGCUACCAGGUUUAAACCCCUUUUUUUUUCUAGCCAUUUGCAGGCACGUGUCUGAUAGCAGCGACCAUCUUGGUGAUCUGAACGGUCAGUGCGAAAUGCUUCGUUUACCAGCUCUUCUUCCAAAAGUGCGACCUGCUUAUUGCACAGUGAUCUCACCUCUCUAUCGAUCCUAUGCAAAGGAUGUAAAGUUUGGAGCAGAAGCUAGAGCACUUAUGCUACAAGGAGUUGAUCUUUUGGCCGAUGCUGUUGCAGUCACAAUGGGACCAAAGGGAAGAACAGUUAUCAUUGAACAGAGCUGGGGAAGUCCUAAAGUAACCAAAGAUGGUGUCACUGUUGCAAAAUCAAUCGACCUGAAAGACAAGUACAAGAAUAUAGGUGCCAAGCUGGUUCAAGAUGUAGCUAAUAACACUAAUGAGGAAGCUGGUGAUGGUACAACUACAGCCACUGUCCUUGCUAGGGCUAUUGCCAAAGAAGGAUUUGAAAAAAUCAGCAAAGGUGCAAAUCCAGUAGAAAUUAGAAGGGGUGUGAUGAUGGCAGUUGAUACAGUCAUCAAAGAGUUGAAAAAACUAUCAAAACCAGUUACAACUCCUGAAGAGAUUGCUCAAGUUGCCACAAUAUCUGCUAAUGGAGAUCAAGAAAUUGGCAAAAUUAUCUCAGAUGCAAUGAAAAAAGUUGGCCGUAAAGGAGUUAUAACUGUCAAGGAUGGCAAAACUCUUCAUGAUGAGCUAGAAAUUAUUGAGGGAAUGAAGUUUGACAGAGGCUACAUUUCUCCAUACUUCAUAAACACAAGUAAAGGUCAGAAAUGUGAAUUCCAGGAUGCUUAUCUUUUACUUAGUGAAAAAAAGAUCUCCAGCGUGCAGUCAAUAGUGCCUGCUCUUGAGAUUGCAAAUGCACACCGCAAACCCUUGGUUAUAAUCGCUGAAGAUGUUGAUGGGGAAGCUUUGAGUACCCUAGUAUUAAACAGAUUAAAGGUUGGUCUUCAAGUGGUUGCUGUGAAAUCCCCAGGUUUUGGAGAUAACAGAAAGAAUCAGUUAAAGGACAUGGCAGUUUCUUCUGGUGGAGUUGUAUUUGGAGAAGAUGGUUUAAGUUUGAAUAUUGAAGACAUUCAACCACAUGACUUUGGAAACGUGGGUGAAGUUAUUGUUACUAAAGAUGAUACUAUGCUUCUAAAAGGAAGAGGUGACAAGUCUCAAAUAGAGAAACGAAUUCAAGAAAUUCAAGAGCAUUUAGAAUCUACAAAUAGUGACUAUGAAAAGGAAAAGUUAAAUGAGAGACUGGCUAAGCUUUCUGAUGGUGUAGCUGUUGUAAAGGUUGGUGGAACCAGUGAUGUUGAGGUUAAUGAAAAAAAAGACAGAGUAACUGAUGCAUUAAACGCAACCCGAGCUGCUGUAGAAGAAGGUAUUGUGUUGGGAGGUGGUUGUGCCUUAUUACGUUGCAUCCCAGCACUGGAUUCUUUGACUCCUUCAAAUGAAGACCAGAAAAUAGGAAUUGAAAUAGUUAGAAGAACAUUGAAAAUUCCUGCCAUGACAAUUGCAAAGAAUGCUGGCGUAGAAGGUUCAUUGGUGGUGGAAAAAAUUCUGCAGAGUGAUCCUGAAAUUGGAUAUGAUGCUAUGCUUGGGGAAUAUGUUAACAUGGUAGAAAAGGGAAUUAUUGAUCCCACAAAGGUUGUAAGAACUGCUUUAAUGGAUGCUGCUGGUGUAGCAUCAUUGUUGACAACAGCAGAAGCUGUCGUUACGGAAAUUCCAAAAGAAGAGAAAGAUGUUGGAAUGGGUGGUAUGGGAGGCAUGGGUGGCAUGGGAGGAGGAAUGUUCUAAAAGUCGAUUUGGAAUAUUAUAUAGUUGGUACAAGAUCAGUGAAGUCUGACUUGAAAAUGUGUAUCGAAUUUUGCAAGUGUCUCAUUGUUAUUCAUGCUCUUUACAUAAUUUUAUGUUUUUCAAAACCUCUUUGUACAUUCCUUAGAUAUAGGUGCUUGUACGAUUAUUUUUUUUAUAUAUUUUUUUUUCUCUAAAUUUACAUAGGUAAGGCUAGUUUCACACUAGCAGCAGGGGAGUCCGGCAGGCUGUAACGGCGGGUGAACAGCCUGUCGGUUCCA